AUGCCAACUAAGAAGCCCAAGUCUAUUCAACAAUGGUCCAUGUAUCCUUCACUCCACGAACAUGUAGUUCGGUUGCUGGAAGAAGACGAUCUUCACCUCAAUUUCUACGAAUCCGAUGAGUCCGAGACUUGCGAUGAGACAUGGGAUACAAACGUUACGGGCCGAUUCGUAUAUCGAAACCCUUCAUGUGGUGUGAAUGCAUGGACAAGUGGGAGGAUUGCUGUCACAAUACGUCUGUAUACUGGUGGGAAGUAUAACGUGAGGGUCUAUCACCAACGAUGCAAGAGUUGCAAACGCCUCAGUCGACCAAAAUUGAAUGAAACGUAUGCUGAAAGAACAGCAUACCGUAUCAAGAAUUGGCAUGGGAUAGAGCAAGAGGCCCGCCCGCACUCUGGAAACAGCAAUGGCCCGCACAAUAGCGAACUAUGCGAGGGGUGUAGACAUGGUCAUUGCAGGGCAGUACAAGUUGAUGAUUUGAGUAACAUACUGCGGGGCACCCGACUCAGCUGA